UUCUCGUGUUCCUAGAUCUGCCUGCCGUGGAUGUGCUUUGCGAGUAUCGGAGUACCCACUUUUUAUCAGUCAUACAGUCAUACUCGUAAACGAAUAGCUUCAACAUUCAUAGACAUUCAGUUGGCAUUUUACUGUGAUCAGAAUCCUUAACUGAAACUGCUUGACGACCCAACGACCGCCCCAACGUUCAAUUUAGUGAGCGAUCUGCAAAUCAAGAUUGGCCUUGAUCAUGGACGCCGACGGCGAGACUCGCGGUCCUGCCCCGCGCUGGAGGAAGAAGCUGGAGGCGGCCCUGCAGGGCAGCGGCGGGAGUACGCCGCGCUCGGUACUGCCCAUCCCAUACAAUGGCCGCUUCAGUGGCCUCCAGGCGACCCCCGCCAAGACCCCCGGCAAGACCCCCGGCAAGACCCCCGGCAAGAGCAGCGGGGGCGAUCGGAAGAGCAGGAAGUCGACGAAGACGCCAGGCGGUGGCGAUCGCUUUAUACCGAAUCGCACGGCCACCAACUUUGAGCUGGCGCACUUUCUGGUGAAUAAAGAAUCGGGCGACAGAUCUGAUGAGGAGAACAUCAACAGCAGCAGCAGCAGCAGCAGCAGAAAGGCCAAUGUCCUGGCCUCGGCCCACAAGGCAACGCGACAGAAGCUCAUCUCGCAAGUGGCCCAAGUGGCCGGCAGUGGCAAGGCUGGCGUCUUGUGCUACCACAACAGGGCGGCAGCCGGCGCAGAUCAACUCCACGCGAAUCCUCUGAGCUCCAUAUCGAUCAAGUGCAGCUCUCGCUACAUACAAACUACUGCGGACCGCAUCCUGGAUGCGCCAGACUUCAUCAACGACUACUACCUGAAUUUGUUGGACUGGAGUGGCGACAACAUUGUGGCCAUUGCCCUGGGCAACUUUGUGUACUUGUGGAACGCGGCCGGCGGCACCGCGAAGAAGCUGACCGGAUUUGAGGUGGGCGACCACGCUGGCUCGGUCGCCUGGAUACAGGAGGGCAAGAUCUUGGCCAUUGGCAACAGCAGCGGCGCGGUGGAGCUCUGGGACUGCUCGGUGGAGAGGCGUCUGCGCGUCAUGUGCGGCCACAGGGCCCGCGUCGGCUGCUUGGCCUGGAACUCCUUCCUGGUUUCGUCUGGCAGCCGCGAUGGAACCAUUAUCCAUCACGAUGUGCGCUCGCAGGACCACAAGAUCUCCUCCUUGGCCGGCCAUUCGCAAGGGGUAUGCGGGCUGAAGUGGUCAACGGAUUUCCAGUACCUGGCCAGCGGCGGCAACGACAACCUGGUGAAUGUCUGGUCGCUGGCCGGCAGCGGCGUGGGCACGGCCACCAAGGCCCUCCACAAAUUCAGCGAGCACCAGGCGGCCGUGCGCGCCCUGGCGUGGUGCCCCUGGCAGGCCGGUACUCUGGCGACUGGCGGCGGCACUGACGAUCGCUGCAUCAAGCUCUGGAACGUCCGCAAUGGCUCGCUGAUCAAGUCGGUCGAUUCGAAGUCGCAGGUCUGCGCCCUGCUCUUCUCCCGACACUACAAGGAGCUGAUCUCGGCCCACGGCUUUGCCGCUAACCAGUUGACCAUCUGGAAGUAUCCCACGAUGGCGAAGCAGGCUGAUCUGACGGGACACUCGGCGCGGGUCCUGCAAAUGGCCAUGUCCCCCGACGGCAGCACUGUGAUCAGUGCCGGUGCGGAUGAGACAGUGCGCUUGUGGCCCUGCUUUCCCCCGGACCCACUGACAGCCAAGAAGCCCUCGGACAGUGGCAGCAGCAGGGCCAAGCAAAGCCUCUUCCGGCAGAGCAUUCGCUAGAGCUGCACGUUGUCCAGCACUAGCCAACACCGUUAUAUCAUUGUAGUAGUUCCCUUUUUGUUUGCGUUUUGAGUUAGGAGAUACAAUAUUUGUCAUCCUCUGUUCCAGGACUACAAAUUUGUGUAUGUUAAAUUCAAUUAAAUGUGUUACUUUACUGCC